GCUGUCUCCCACCUUCUUUGAAAAAUUUAGAACGUUGGGAACUACUAGAACCAUCAAAUAAAAAGAGGCUGACCAGUGACCAUCAUCUUCGCCAUCAUUUCUCAGAUAACCCACCAGCCAAAAAGAGUUCUUCUCAUUCCUUUGUGUCUAUUUCUUAAUUCUAUUUGAAUUUUUUAAUCUGGUUGAUUCUUGUGCUGACUGUUCCACUACAAGACGAGUAAAACAGUCGAGAAAGAAUAAAACCAAAAUAAAGAAAACGUUCACUUCUUCCUCUUCUUUAAAAAAGAGAAAAAAAAAAGAAAUUGAAACGUUUACAGUCACAGCAACCAAGAAAGUUGCAGAUUCUCUCUUCAGCUAACAACACACUACUUUAAGGUGCCAUCUUUUGGAGAACAAAAAGUUUUUCUUCUUGGAUAUGUUUAGAUAGCAGAGAAGGGCCUCUGGUUUUUCUGGGUUUUGAUCCUCUGCAACAUUCGCCUCUUGUCGGUUGGGUUUUGUUCCUCUGCAAGAUUUAUUUCUUGUCGGUUUUUGAACAGGGGGAGGAGAAAACAUUGUAUUUUGAUGGAGGCCAGGAGGAGUUGCUGACGAGUUUGUGUUGUUUUGUGGUUCUUAUCUCCUGGGUUUUCCGAAUUUUCUGUAGUUUCUUUCUCAAAUGGAGAGCGUUUACUUUUGUAUGCAUUUAACGGUUGUGCUUUGGUUGGGGUUGUGUAUGGGAGUCUUUUGUCAGGAGGAUUCAGUUACAGCAGUUUAUAUUGUUACUCUGAAACAAGCUCCUGUAGCACAUUACAGUAGUGAAGCGAGAUUUGAAGAAGCUGGUCUUAGAAAUGAAGCUUCUGGGAGAAUAAGUAAACUGGACAAACCAAGAAAUAUCUCAAGGUCAGAUCAUCGUUAUGGUUCUUAUCUGACCCGGGUACAUGAUUCUCUCUUGAGAAGGGUGUUGAGGGGGGAGAACUAUUUGAAGCUUUAUAGCUAUCAUUACUUGAUUAAUGGAUUUGCCGUGCUUGUAACACCUCAGCAGGCAGAGAAGCUCUCAAGAAGACGAGAAGUGGCCAAUGUAGUUAUGGAUUUCUCAGUUAGAACUGCAACCACUCACACUCCAGAAUUCUUGGGACUUCCUCGAGGAGCAUGGGUCCAAGAGGGUGGACCUGCAUAUGCAGGAGAAGGAAUUGUGAUUGGGUUCAUAGAUACUGGUAUAGAUCCAACACACCCCAGCUUCUCGGAUGACAUUCUAGAAAAUGCAUAUCCAGUUCCUUCCCACUUUUCUGGUGUUUGUGAAGUCACAAGGGAUUUUCCAUCUGGGUCCUGCAAUAGGAAGCUCAUUGGUGCACGCCAUUUUGCUGCAUCUGCUAUCACCAGGGGAAUAUUCAAUGCUACUCAGGAUUAUGCUUCACCAUUUGAUGGUGAUGGCCAUGGAACGCACACAGCGUCCAUUGCAGCAGGGAACCAUGGCAUACCUGUAAUUGUAGCUGGACAUCACUUUGGGAAUGCAAGUGGAAUGGCUCCUCGUUCCCACAUUGCUGUUUACAAGGCACUAUACAAAAGUUUUGGAGGCUUUGCUGCAGAUGUUGUUGCUGCCAUAGAUCAGGCAGCUCAGGAUGGAGUGGAUAUUAUAAGCUUAUCAAUUACUCCCAACCGGCGCCCUCCUGGUCUUGCAACUUUCUUCAAUCCCAUAGAUAUGGCCCUACUUUCAGCUGUGAAGGCUGGGAUUUUUGUUGUACAAGCAGCAGGCAAUACUGGGCCCUCACCCAAGAGUAUUUCUUCCUUCAGUCCAUGGAUCUUCACCGUGGGUGCCUCUGCUCAUGACCGGAUCUACAGUAAUUCCAUAGUUCUUGGCAACAACAUAACCAUUUCUGGAGUUGGGCUUGCACCGGGAACAAGAAAUACUACAACCUACACGCUGGUUUUGGCACUUCAUGCUUUGAACAAUGAAACAACGGAUACCAAUGGCAUGUACUUGGGAGAAUGUCAAGAGCCCACUAGCUUGAAUCGUGAUCUGAUCCAAGGAAACCUCUUGGUCUGUAGCUACUCAAUUCGCUUUGUGCUUGGGCUUUCUACCAUCAAACAAGCCUUGGAAACAGCUAAGAAUCUCAGUGCAGCAGGUCUUGUGUUCUACAUGGAUCCUUUUGUUAUUGGAUUCCAGCUUAAUCCUAUUCCAAUGAAACUGCCUGGUGUAAUAAUUCCAUCACCUGAUGAUUCCAAGAUUUUACUACAAUAUUACAAUUCCUCCUUGGAGAGAGAUGCUGUUUCAAAGAAAAUUGUCAAAUUUGGUGCUGUUGCAAGUAUAUUAGGAGGAUUGAAAGCUAAUUACAACAACUCUGCACCAAAGGUUAUGUAUUAUUCUGCCAGAGGACCAGAUCCAGAGGACAGUUUCCUUGAUGAUGCUGACAUAUUGAAGCCCAAUCUAAUAGCUCCUGGAAAUUUCAUAUGGGGUGCUUGGAGCUCUGUCGGUGCUGAUUCUGUGGAAUUUGAGGGUGAGAACUUUGCAAUGAUGUCUGGGACAAGUAUGGCUGCUCCUCAUGUUGCUGGACUUGCAUCACUGAUCAAGCAGAAGUUUCCAAAUUUUAGUCCAUCAGCCAUUGGUUCAGCACUUUCCACAACAGCCUCCCUCUAUGACAAUAAUGGCAGUCCUAUAAUGGCCCAGCGUUCAUACUCCAAUCCUGACCAAAACCAGUCGCCGGCAACACCCUUUGACAUGGGCAGUGGCUUUGUCAAUGCAACUUCUGCUCUAGACCCGGGCCUAAUUUUUGAUUCCAGUUAUGAUGACUUUUUGUCAUUCCUUUGUGGCAUAAACGGAUCCUCUCCUAUUGUUCUGAACUACACUGGCAAGAGUUGUGGGAUUUAUAACAUAAAUGCCUCUGACCUGAAUUUGCCAUCCAUCACAAUAGCAAAGCUAAACCAGUCAAGAACAGUCCAAAGAGUAGUUACAAACAUAGCUGGCAACGAGACUUACAAUGUGGGUUGGAGUGCUCCUUAUGGAGUUUCAGUUUUGGUGUCGCCAACUCGCUUCUUCAUUGCAGGUGGGCAGAAACAGGACUUGACUGUGCAAUUCAAUGCUACUAUGAACAGCUCCUUCGCCAGCUUUGGAAGGAUUGGGCUUUUUGGAAACCAAGGGCACAUUGUUAAUAUCCCAUUGUCAGUGAUUUUGAAAAUCUCGUCUAGCAUCACUAACAACUGAUGUGGCCAGCAACGAUUCUUUUUCUUUUUCUGUUCUUUUUUUUUGUUUAGUUCGUCGGUUGCUUUUGAUCCAUUUUUUCAUUCAUUGUGUAAAUGUUGGAGUUGUUUGAUAUGUAGAUAGGGUGAUUAAAUAAUUAUACAACUUAGUUUUAUUUUGCUUCUUCCUCAUACCUGUUAGAUUGUGAAGACUAUGAAUUAAAGUUGUACGCUGGAAUUUCAGUUCUA